CACAGUUUAAGCAUGCAUCAAAAAUUCCUUAAUAGUUAUAUUUUUGAUUUUGACUGUCAUUCACAAAUGAUACUGGCAACAUAUUAAUGUUUUUCUCCGAGAUAAUUGUAAAAGCGAUAUUAAAAGUUUAAUUAGGAAGGAUAAAAUGGCGUUUCUGCGACCAACAGAAUCCAGGCAGAAACGAACUACCAACACAAUGGCUUGUCUUCUUCAGGCUAUGGAGGGUAAUUCGGUGGUCAUUGAGCUGAAGGAUUAUUCUACUGUGCAAGGUACUCUGGCGCAUUGUGAUGAUGCUAUGAAUGUAGAAAUGAAGGUCGUUACUAUCCAUGAUUCCAAGCACCAUUCUGUACCUUUUCAUUGUGAUAGUUUCUAUAUACAAGGCAAAUUUAUACGUUUUGUGCACUUCGAUCAUUAUUUCAACGCUGCUAAAGUAAUACACAAAUGGUUGAAUGUUCCUCGAAAGCUGGGGGGAUCAUCAAGAAGAAGAACGCGUUAGAUUAUGAUUUAUCACUCGAUUAAAUGGAACGACUGGUUUUGUUCUCCUUGUAUUUAUUUCAGUGUCUGAUUUGUGGGCAUUGUUAUCUGUUACACUUAAAGUCUGAGAUCUUUAUUCUUUUAUUGCUGUACUUGUAUUUAUUUAUCUCUCUCUGUUUCACUUAAAGUUUCUACUGCUACUUUAAUAUAAUAACUGUAAAAAUGAAAGCAAAUAAUUGCAGCUCAAUAUGUAGCGGUAUCUGUUUACAUAACAUAGUUGCUGUUACCUGAAAAAAAAACCAAAAAAAAAAAAGAAUGUCAGCCGUUUCUUCGCUACUCAUUCACUAUUAUCAUAAAUGC